AUGGGAUGUUGGACAACGAGUUGCGACUUGGGACACCUGAAAGCGCGCUCCAAGGUGUCCGUGUUCUUUACCAUGAUCCUCAUAUUCAUCUAUUUGUUCUACUGUCUCACCGGAUACUGCGAUUCCAUGCCGAGUCCGCUGUACGUCCAUCAGAAUUUCAGAAGCGAACUUUUCCCAAAGGAAGGGAAGAAACUCGCGCACUGGAACGGCUCCAUCGUUCGCGAACUCCCCGAGCAGGAUGCGACAGACGUGGAAGAGGAGAAGCGGCAGCGAGGUUUAGCUUAUGACACGUACAGCAAUCUCUCCGUGUCAAACAACUUUGGGACCAAAGAGUUUCCUCGGGCGAUUAUUAUCGGCGUGAAAAAGGGAGGAACGCGCGCGCUUCUGGAGUUCCUGCGCGUUCAUCCAGACGUGAGAGCCGUGGGUGCGGAGCCGCACUUCUUUGACAGGUUCUAUGAGAAGGGGCUCCAGUGGUAUAGGAAUCUAAUGCCGCGUACUUUAGACGGCCAGAUCACCAUGGAGAAAACACCCAGCUACUUCAUCACCCGUGAAGCACCGCCCCGCGUCUUCUCCAUGAGCCGCAGCACCAAACUCAUCGUGGUGGUCCGUGACCCCGUGACACGGGCCGUGUCGGAUUACACUCAGACUCUGACUAAAAGCCCCGGCCUGCCGUCCUUCCAGAAUCUGGUCUUCAAGAACUCCACCACAGGUCUGAUCGACACGUCCUGGAGUGCCGUGAGGAUCGGCAUCUAUGCCAAACACCUGGAGAACUGGCUCAGGUAUUUCCCGCUCGCACAGUUACUUUUCGUGAGCGGCGAGAAGCUGGUGACGGACCCCGCGGGAGAAAUGGGCCGGGUGCAGGAUUUCCUGGGACUCAAACGGGUGGUGACCAAUAAGCACUUCUACUUUAACCAGACUAAAGGCUUCCCCUGCCUCAAAAAGCCGGAAGGAAGCAGCAGACCGCGAUGCCUGGGGAAAUCGAAAGGCCGACCGCAUCCACACAUACCAGCGGAAGUGCUGCACAGACUCAGGGAUUUCUACAGGCCUUUCAACAUGAAGUUCUACCAGAUGACUGGUCAGGACUUUGGCUGGGACUAAACACUUGCAGGACCCUUUCUGAUAAUGCAGAAAGCAAUGAAACUGUUUAUUUAUGACUGAUUGAUGUUGAUUUUCAGUAUCUUCACCCUGAGUACUCUCAGAAAUUGCUAGUAAAUUUCACAAUUAAUUACACACACACACAAAAAACUGCAAGUGCAAACAAAGAGAUUGCUGGCCACACACUGAAUGUAAUCCAGACUGGAAAAGGUCUAGCAAAAAUAUAUCUUAUUAUAUAAACAUCAUAGUGUAAAAAAGUGCACAGUGCAAAUGAAUUAAAAACUAAACCAGCUCAAGCAAACAUUUGAGCACAUUGCUUUUUUUAGUGCUCACAUAACAACAACCAUUUACCCUUUUUCUGGAUUACUAAUUAGAGAUAAUUAGCUUGGUUCAAUUAGCAGGUGGACCUAUAUACAAGAACAACAAAUAGUAUUCAUUUUAUAAAUAUGCAAAUCAUGCAAACAGUGAAACAA